AUGGCGCUAGGUGAGAGUGAAGGCGUUCUCUGGUUGUAUGAAAAGAGGGCUCUACCGGGGAAGCGCGUGCCGAACAAUGCCAACCGAUUGGGCCGAGCCCGGAGAUGUUCAAGUCUAGCCAUUACUUAUGUGGAUGUGCAGAAGAAAUCCAUGGGCAAAUUCGAAGGCGAAUACGUCGUGUGGGUAAACAAGGCAAUCGAGGAUAGUCCCAAGUGCGGCAUGCCUCGAUCGUAUGUUGAAAAGUAUUUGGGACCAUUCCUCCCGACGGGCGAUAGGAAGUUGGAAGAUGACAAGGUUGGGCUUGUACCUAGAGGGCUUGCCAGUUGGUCGAGGGGAUAG